AUGCUUCUACUGCACCAGGUCGGCAGCGUCAAGAUUGGUGAAGUCGUCCGAUACACCAUCACCUACACACCCUCGCAAGAUCGAAUUCUACCUUCGCCCGAAAAACUCCACGUUCGAAUUCGAAAUACCUCCACCAUUGCUCUGCGCGCUGCUUUUGUACACGGACCUUAUACGCUCUCCGUCUCGGCUUAUCCCGCCAACUAUAACCCCAACGAGAAGUUCCUCAACCCUCGCCGCUAUGGAGUCCCCGAGUUUGAACCCAUGCUCAAAGCAGGGGGCGCCUGGGAAUGUGAACUGAUCGUUCCAGAUGAUAUCCGCCAGGGUGCCGGUGCCGGCCGACAUGGCGGCUUUGGGAAAAGUCCUGAGCACGAUGACGAAUGUGCCACUUGGGUUAUCGAAGUUGCAUCACAGGUUAUAUUCUCGACUUCGGCUGCAGUAGGCUUCGAGGUUGUGAUGGCACGCGACUACAAAUCGCUCAACCUGAGUCAAUCACUCCCUAUUGUUAGCAAUUCGAGCGCUGUACCGCAACCUGGCCGGGUUAGUGAUCACCAGCAGAGUCAGGGUGCAAAGGACGGCCAUCACCCUGCACAAACCAAAGGAGUCUUCUCUCGCGCCAUUCACCUCAAAGUGGAGGAUACAGCUACCCUGUGGAAUACACCGAGACUCCCUGGUUGGGACGAUAUAGGUGAAAAGAGAGCGGAAGCUAAGGGUGCGGAUAAACCUGUACAAAGUGUAGUCAAAACGGGAGACCCGGAAACGGAAGAGGACAAGCUACCUCCAGCGGAAGAACACAAGAAAAGGAAGGUUCAUCUAGUCGUUUUGACUCACGGGCUGCACAGCAAUCUCGGAGCUGAUAUGCUAUACAUUAAAGAAAGCAUAGAUGCUGCUGCAAAACAGGCGCGCAUCGAUGCCAAAGCUAGGCGGGCACGGGAGCGGGCGACUAAGAAGGCUGAUUCAACCGAGUCACAGUCAAAAGACACAAAACAAGGCGAAGAAAACGACAGAGACCAGUCCCACCUUGACGACGAUGACGAUGACGACGAAGAGGUCAUCGUACGCGGAUAUCCUGGAAACGCCACCAAGACCGAAAAGGGCAUCAAAUACCUCGGCAAACGACUUUCAAGAUAUAUUCUCUCUAUGACGUAUCCCGAUCAACCCUUUCUGCCGCUUGGCAAGGGGGCUGGUGAGGGUCUCGCUGAAGCUAUGAGGGGCGACCAUAACCACCAACACCACCACAAUGACGACCACGAUGUUAAACAGGCCCACAAGCAUAGCACAAUACAAGCCGAUGUUGCCAAAGCAAAACACGACAGUUACUGCAGGCACUACAAGAUUACAAGCAUCAGUUUCGUUGGACAUUCACUUGGCGGCUUGGUUCAGACCUACGCCAUUGCCUACAUUCAAAAACACUCCCCCAAUUUUUUCAAUCUAAUUCAGCCAGUCAACUUCAUCACUUUAGCCUCACCGUUUCUUGGCUUGAGCAACGAAAAUCCUCUAUAUGUGAAAUUUGCCCUUGACUUCGGCUUAGUCGGACGAACCGGACAAGAUCUUGGCCUGACCUGGAGAGCCCCAACACUCGCCCGCAGCGGAUGGGGCGCAAUUGUCAGCAAUCUUGGCGAGUCUGCACACAAAAAGGUAUACGGGGAAUCGCAGCCUGAAUCCAAGCCUCUACUUCGCAUCUUGCCUACUGGCCCAGCGCAUACGGCCCUCAAAAAGUUCCGAAACCGCACCGUCUACUCCAAUGUGGUCAACGACGGCAUAGUUCCUCUUCGCACAAGCUGUCUCUUAUUCUUGGAUUGGCAGGGUCUUGGCCGCGUCGAAAAGGCUCGGCGAGAUGCCGGUUUAGUAGAAACUGUUGUUGGAUUUGGUUGGGCAGAGCUGACAGGCACGAACAUCUUGUCUCCGCGGUCUAAGCAGAAACUACCGUCAGACGAUCAAACACUGCAGAGUGACUCCGGCACAAGUACACCAAGGGGAAGCAUGCGCCAGGUCCCGCAGCCUUCGGACGACGCUAUCAACGAGGACGACAGAGCAAGCAUUCGUUCAGUGCCACUGCCAUUCAACGACGGCGAGGAUCCUACCUCUGACACCAGCAGCGAGCCCUCGCAUUCGUCGGCUCUGGCCGGCUUCUUCAACCUCUUUAAGAGCAACGAGCCUCCUAAGCCUCAAGUGACUUCUGCAAAACAGAAGAAGAUUUUGCGACGCGGCCAGACGAUACACCCCAAUGGAUCUGAUACGGCCGACUCAAGUGCUACUGAUGUUACGGACAGGCGACCAGGUAAGGCGACAACUGGGCAGGAGAUGGAGGAGGCCAUCGAUGGGAUGACUGCACCACCUAAAACUACAUUUUUUGAAUCUGCCGGCGACCUUCUCAACCCAAGCGUACCCACCACUGAGUACCUUCUCGAUCCAUCGAAGCGUCCCAGGACCAUUUUCCACGACCGGGUUUACCAUCCUAGUGAUAUACCGCCUCCGCCCAUGAAGAAGCGGCAGACGACGCUUGUUCGUCGUAAGACAUCCGGCAAGAUGUCUGCAACGUCUCAGAAUUCUAUGCAGAGCGAUGGCUCGUCGCCUUAUCCUUCCAUCAACCACGCUGAUUCCAUAGAAUCGACAAAGGAUUAUGACGACACUGCCAACACCAACCCCGACAAACACCCGGCGGAGAUAAUUGACGGUUCAAGCAUGCGCGUGGAAGAGAAGAUUGCCAGAGGUUAUCAUCGGGACCUGUCAUGGCGAAAGGUACUGGUGAAGCUGGAACCGGACGCCCACAACAACAUCAUAGUGCGCCGCAUGUUUGCCAAUGCUCAUGGCUGGCCUGUUGUCAAGCACAUGGUGGACGCCCAUUUCAGUGACUCCGAGGCCGCACGGAUGCGUGAUGACGAGGAGCCAAACGUAGAGCGCGCAUUCGCGUCUCACCGGUCGCCCGAUGCCGAUGGUCGGGAAGUCAAACGGCUGGGUCAACUUGAUCAAGCGAAUGAGGGCAGCUCUGGCUCAUCUGACGAACCAAACAGCGGUGAAACCAACGAGGCAAGAGAAGCACGCGAAGCGUUGGACGAGGUCCCCGAAUUGCCGAAGAAGCCUGAUGGAGAUGUCACCUCACCAGCUCCCCGUGCCGGAUCGUCGGAUAGGGCUGACUCUAUGACGUGGAGCGAUCGGGAUUGGAUGGACAGCGAAAAUGAGAGCGAUGCUGACCUGCACGGCGAUGCGCAACAUGGCAAAAGGAAGCAGCAGCAGCAGCUUGCGGAACCGGCCAAAGACGAGACACAACAAGGACGUCUAAGCCCAUCUUCCUGGAAAUGGACGGAGAAGAUUGUGGGCAGGGGGUUGGCUGGCGGUCGUAGCAAAAGCCCCAAGCCCGAUGAAGCCAAAUGA